GUCACCAUCAUCAUCAGCAGCGGCGGCAUCAUCCCCACCACCACCAUCUCUCCUCCCCGUCUACCCCCUCUCAUCAGUGCUGGGAUCUCUUCCCAGGCAGGCUCCGUCUCUCCCCCUACAGUCGCCGGUGCGCGUGUCCUAGUGAAGGAUCAUGUCCACAGCGCUGCGCUUCUUGCCUCCGCGGCACACGGCAGAGAGGAGCCGCUAGAGGACACGCGCCACUACACCGCGCAACAAGAGGGGGACUUGAGUGCUGGCGCGCGUGUCUAUUCCACAAAGGAAGAGGACCGCCAAGAAAUAGUAAAAGUGUUUUUGGCGCAGUUAAAUCCGGGUCGGACGGAUUUGGUACAGGUGCACCGGUGAAGACACUCGGCUGUCGGAUGGUUGUCGAAUUUGACGAGAGGAGUAACCUCUGCAAGUCUCCGAGGAAGAUGAAGUCUGCGGUCAUAGUAGACGGAGGCUUGUUCACAGAGAGUUAUUGCAACAUCUGCAAUGCCCAGCUCAUCUCCGAGUCCCAGCGCACGGCGCACUAUGAGAGCAAGAAACACGCCAACAAGGUGCGUCUAUUUUACAUGCUUCACCCAGAAGAUGGAGGGCCACCUUCCAAGAGGCUGAGGCCAGACAAUCCGGACUGCGAUGAGACAGAGGUCGACAAGAAUAAGUGCUGCACCUUGUGCAACAUGUUCUUCACCUCCGCCAUUGUGGCUCAGUCCCACUACCAGGGAAAAACCCACGCCAAGAGAGUCCGCCUGGUGCUGGGUGAAACGCCAAGCAGCCCCGCAGCCUUGACCAUGCAGCCUACGAAUGCAGAUUCCUCCCCUUCAACUCCACUGCCCUCAGACCCCCUGGCUUGUACCCCUCCUCCACUCGUGUCCGCGGUCAGCAGCAACGGCGGCAGAGAAGCCGGCAAGUACUGCUGCCUGUGCGGUGCCUGGUUCAACAACCCGCUGAUGGCCCAACAGCACUACGAGGGCAAGAAGCAUCGCAGGAACGCUGCCCGUGCACGCCUGGUGGAGCAGCUCGCGGGAAGCCUAAAUGCCACGGAGAGCACAGGGCUGCGAAGUACUUACUCCUGCAGCGUCUGCAGCGUGGUCCUCAACUCCAUCGAGCAGUACCAUGCACACCUCCAGGGCUCCAAACAUCAGAACAACCUGAAGCAGCAACAGCAGUAGAGCCACGAGAAAACUCAAGAAAGAGAUGGCGGUCGCCCACUUCUGAAAUCCUGCCACAUGUCAGAAAACAACGUGUGUCUGUGUUAUCGUGUGACUGUCCGAGACGUCCUUCCACACCUCUGUAAAAUGCACGUGUGGACUUUUUCAAGGGCAGUUUUUCAUUUCUGUGUCCUGAAACGAUAUCUCUUGAGAUUUGUUCAGAUUUAUCCUGCACCGAAGUGUUUGACGUGAGUUGUGCACUAACAGCCACCACCAAAAUCACUGUGGCUGUGGACUGCCAUACACAACAAUAAUAAUAAUACUAAUAAUACCUCCUUGCGUGAAACACUCUUGUAUUCUAAAGAUGUCAAGGCCCAGAAUGUUACUUAAGUUAAGCAUAAAAUAUUGAUACAUUGGCCAUAUGUUCAGUUAAAGUGAAUUUUUGUGAUGAAUGGGUGUCUUUUUGCUAACAAAAAUGUCGUGCUGUUACUUUUUAAAAGAAAUACUAGCUUAACGUCCCUUUCUACGUAGAGAACAUACACGUAUUUCAAAUUUCCAAAAUGUAUAGUUUAGUGUGCUCUGUAUGAAAAGUCGUUAGGGAGGUUGAUUAACCAGAAUGCAAAUUAAGGAGGUGCUCAUUUUCUGGUGUCUAAUUUUGUAGGACAUUUUUGGAAGAAAUAUUCAUCAAUAUUCACCAAUAUAUUACUUUCUAUUUCAAGUAACAAUGGAGUUUACAUAAACAGGACUGUUGUGGAGGGAAUUUAACUGAGCAGGCCUGCUACAGUGAGGAGCAGAAGUAUUUGCACCCCUCGUGAUUUUGCAAGUUCCACCACUUAGAAAAUUAGUAGAGAAAUUUCAAUCAUACUGUAGAUCAGAGGUUGCGCUAGACAUUUUCGUUGUCUGUCAUUUUGACUGACAGGGUCAUAAAAAUUAAAUUUUUUAAAUGAUAAUGAUGACAUAUUCAAUAGUAUUUAGUUUUUAUUCAUUUUUGAUUAAUAUUGUAACGCUUGCUUGACGGCGAAAAAUUAGACACGGAAGUCGUGGUAUUUUUCUCCCUCUUUUUACUCUGCUUACCGCCAACAACACCAACAAAACAACAACUCCGCCCCCAAAGAAAAAGAGGCAACUAUAUAGACCCUACCCACGUGACGUCACAACUCCGCUCUCCUGAAUGGUACCGCCCAAUUGUCCGUCAAAACAUAGUGUUAACCUGUUACGGCUACGUACAUUCCUCCUAUUUACGGCGUGUUUUUCUGCUCCUUAACAUUAAUAAUCAAAAUGGUGAAGGCGUGUGUGGCUGUUGGUUGCACUAACAGAGAAGAUGGAAGGAGAGACUUGAAGUUUUACCGUAUUCCGAGGGAUCCAAAGAGGAGAGCGAAAUGAACGGCUGCAAUUCGACGUGAAAACUGGGCACCAAAAAAUCACCACAGACUAUGUAGUAGUCAUUUUAUAUCCGGUAAGAUGCAUUUAAGAUAUACUUAGAGGGUUUUGGGCUGACAAAUAACCACAAUUAAGAUCAUUGCUAGGCUAAUCGCCGACAACAUACACGUAUGUAUGUAGUGAGAGUGCUAUCGCUAAACCAUAUAAACAUUAAAAGCCUUAACUCCAUUGACAAACGACAUGAAAUACAUUAGAAUUGACAGUGGAUGUUAGCAAUAACAAAAGAUUUUGAAUUGAAAAUUUCGUAACUCACCUUUCCAAGCACAAGAUAGAUUCCUGCCGAAUUUUCGUGGACGAGGACCUGUUUCACCCAACCAGCAACGAAGUAUUUAUAAGCCUCCAAGCUCUUGAAGUUUUUCAAAUUUUCGUGAGACUAGGCUGAUUUUGUGUGGACAAGAUAAUAUCAGCGUAGCAGAUGUCAGGCAGACAGGGCGAAGACAGUGGGUCGAAAAACAUCGAUUUGGGCAUCAAAUAUGGAUCUGGCGACUGUAUAGAACGAAGCUUUUCCACAUAACGCCUUUUAUGCAACACAUCCAGUGAGUUUACGGCAUCAGAAAGCACCGGGUCUUCCAUGAAAUGCAUUUUAAAUUCCUCGAUCAAUUGAAAACAACGCUAAUACAGAGACAAAAUGACGGACAAGUGGGCGGAACCAUACAGCGAGCACGUGGUUUUGUGACGUCGGUGAGUAGGGUAUAUAGACCCCAAUCACCAACGUCACACAAUGAUCUUAAUUGUGGUUGUCAGCCCAAAAUCUUCUAAAUAUAUAUUAAAUGCAUCUUACCAGAUAUAAAAUGACUACUACAUAGUCUGUGGUGAUCAUUUGGUGCCCAGAUUUCUUGUC